CUCUGGUGAGCGAUAAACCCUACGUUCCCCGAAAACCAAAUCGCCCUUUUCCCCUUUCCUCUUUCCCCUCGCAACGAUCUAAACCCUAGGGUUUUCUCCUCCUCCUCGUCGCGGAAAUGGCGUCCUCCUCCUUCGCCGCGAUCCACCGCGCCGCCGCGAACCCCAUGGUCGCCGCCACCCUCUCCAAGGUGCGCCUCCUCUCCCCCUCUUCCUCACCCUUCCUCCUCAAAACCCUGAAACCCCUCCCUUUUCCCGUCUCUCGAUCCCUUCUCCCCGCUCGCUCCCUCUCCACCUCCGCCGCCGCCGCCCCCAACAGCUUCCACCGUACGGCUCCUCAACCGCCUCCCUCCGACCCCCGCGCCUUCCCCCACGGCCGCGGCGGAAAUCCUAGCCAGUGGCACCAACGCCCCCCCUUCAAUCCCCGGGCUCCCGCCGACCAAUCCCCUCCGGGGCCGGCGCCAUCGCCGGCGCCGGUGGGGCCUCCGCCGGGCCCCGCGGAACUCGCCGCGCUCUGCGGCCAGGGCAAGGUUAAAGAGGCCGUGGAGCUCCUGAGCCAGGGCGCCCGCCCCGACCCGCCGACCUUCUUCGCCCUCGCUGCCGCGUGCUCGGAUCCGAAGCUCCUCGACGAGCUCAAGAAGAUCCACGAUUAUUUCCUCCGGUCCCCGUUCCGCGCGGACCUCCAAAUCAACAACAAGAUGCUGGAGAUGUACGCUAAAUGCGGGAGCAUGACCGAUGCCCGCCGAACGUUCGAUCAUAUGCCCGACCGGAACAUGGAUUCGUGGCUCCUGAUGAUUGAUGGGUAUGCUUUGAAUAAUCAAGGCGAUGAAGGGUUGCAGCUAUUUGAGCAGAUGAAGAAUGUGGGAAUCCAUCCCAAUUCGCAUACUUUUCUGUUGGUCUUAGCUUCGUGUGCUAGUGCGGAGGCAAUUGAAGAUGGAUUCAUACAUUUCAAUUCCAUGUAUAAGGAUUACGGAAUCGCUCCAGGUCUAGAACACUAUAUUGCGAUGAUCGAAGUAUUAGGGAAAUCGGGGCACCUUAUUGAAGCAGUGGAAUUCAUUGAGAAGCUGCCAUUUGAUCCUCCUGCUGCUGUGUGGGAGACCUUGAUGAACUUGGCGCGGGCACAGGGAGAUGUCGAUCUCGAAGACCGAGCACAAGAGCUUUUGGUUUCAGUCGAUCCAUCCAAAGCCGUUGCCUCUAAACUUGCAACCCCGCCACCCAAAAGGAGGCUUGGGAUCAACAUGCUUGAUGGGAGGAACAAAUUGGGCGAGUACCGAUUGCCCCCGAAGAUUGAAAAGAAGGUGGUGAAGGAGCAAGGAUAUGUGCCCGAUACAAGAUACGUUCUUCACGACAUUGAUCAAGAGGCAAAGGAGCAAGCUUUGUUAUAUCACAGUGAGCGGCUCGCGAUCGCUUAUGGUUUGAUCAGUACGCCAGCUAGGACGCCUCUUCGGAUCAUUAAGAACUUACGGAUUUGCGGGGAUUGCCACAACGCGAUUAAGAUCAUGUCGAGGAUUGUCGGGAGGGAGCUAAUUGUGAGGGAUAACAAAAGGUUUCAUCAUUUCAAGGAUGGGAAGUGCUCCUGUGGAGACUACUGGUGAAGUUUCUUUUACUCGGAAGGAUCGUGUGUCGCGCGGAAGAGCAUAUGUUAUUAAACCUUCCUUAUGUAUAAAUAGAUGAUGGUGUUUGUGCUCAUGGUCUAAUGGAAUGGCUAAAUUAUAUGAGUGAGCAUACCAGAAGAUGAAUUUCUCAUUGUCACCCCCCUGGUUUAUUGUAGGCUUUAACAGUUCUAAAAUUUUAUUACAGUACUUAAAAGUCUAGUUUGGUUUCGACAGUCUGCAGAACCACAAAUAAAUCUUUUGAUCUUGUUCCGACAGGUAGCAAGAAUUACUUUUUUGCCUUUUCUGUUA